AUUCCCAAAGAUCCAGCGCAGAGACAGAUGCGGAAACUCGCGAUGUUGAGUAAGAAAUUCCAACAGGUUCACCCCAACGUCUUGGCAAAAAUCCUCAAGGAGGGAACUUUGUACCAAAACGAGGAGAUUGUGGUGAUCAACAAACCCUACGGCCUUCCCGUGCACGGUGGCCCUGGGGUCAAGAAUUGUAUCACUGAUGUGCUGCCAAUUUUGGCCAAGAUGUUGGAGAACAUGAAAGCUGAACCCCUUCACCUCUGCCACCGGCUGGACAAAGAGACCACGGGCGUGAUGGUGUUGGCACGGAACAAGGAGGCGGCAGAAAGGAUCCGGCUUCUCUUCAAAACUCGUCAGGUGGAGAAGAUUUACUGGGCAAUUAGUUUGGGGGACCCAGACCCCGCCGAGGGCAUCGUGGAGAUCCCCAUCGUGGAGAAGGAGGUGCAGAGCCACCAGUCACACUACAAGAUGACGUUGGCUCCCAACUAUCGCUUGUCUCCCGAAGAAGGGAAAGUGGUGAAAAUCCGCAAGAACCGUAACGCCGAAAGCGCCGUGACGCGCUAUCGUCGCCUGGCUCGUUCUUCUGCCUGCUCUCUGCUGGAGCUCCAGCCCAUCACAGGGGUGAAGCACCAGAUCCGGGUUCACCUGGCUUACGGCUUGGGGUGUCCCAUCCUGGGGGAUCACAAAUAUUCCCACUGGAGCAAGUUGGCACCUCAGAAACUUCCUGAAAUCACCUUGAAGAGGUUGAAACUGAAGCAGAGCAAAGCUCGUCACCUCCCUCUCCACCUCCACGCCCACCGCCUCUCCCUGCCCUUGGACAAGCGGAUAGAUCUCGUCUGCAAACCACCUCCCUUCUUCCAGAAGACUCUGGAGAAGCUGGAGCUGGACAUCACUAACGACUAA